CCAGAGGGCGCCGGCCGCGGAGACACCCGCUGAGCCGCGAAGCCCGACCGAGCGCGGCGCCGCCCCACUCGCCACAGCCGUCGCCAUGAAAGCCGUGGUGCAGCGCGUCACCCGGGCCAGCGUCACAGUUGGAGGAGAGCAGAUAAGUGCCAUUGGACGGGGCAUCUGUGUGCUGCUGGGCAUUUCUCUGGAAGAUACACAGAAGGAACUGGAGCACAUGGUCCGAAAGAUUUUAAACCUGCGUGUGUUUGAAGAUGAGAGUGGGAAGCACUGGUCAAAGAGUGUAAUGGACAAACAGUACGAGGUGCUGUGUGUCAGCCAGUUUACCCUGCAGUGUGUCCUCAAGGGGAACAAGCCCGACUUCCACCUAGCGAUGCCCACGGAGCAGGCAGAGGGCUUCUACAACAGCUUCCUGGAGCAGCUGCGCAAGUCGUACAGGCCGGAGCUCAUCAAAGAUGGCAAGUUUGGUGCCUACAUGCAAGUGCACAUCCAGAACGACGGGCCCGUGACCAUAGAAUUGGAGUCCCCAGCUCCGGGUGCUGCGACCUCUGACCCAAAGCAGCUGUCAAAGCUUGAAAAACAGCAGCAGAGGAAAGAGAAGACCAGAGCCAAGGGACCUUCUGAAUCAAGCAAAGAAAGAAAUGCUCCCCGAAAAGAAGACCGCAGUGCCAGUAGUGGGGCAGAAGGUGACGUGUCUUCUGAACGAGAGCCGUAGACUGGGAACUGGGGAACUCAGUGCACUGUCAUUGGGCAGAACUGGAUCUGAAAAACAAGAUGCUAAGCACCUACACUGCUUUAAGAAUUUGAAACUGAAACGUGAAAAAGGAAGAUAGAAAGAAAAAAUUAGGAACCUGAAUAGCCCUGCAAAAAACAAAAACAAAAACAAAAAAACACCAAAGGACUGUUAUCAUUUUCUGUUGCUGUGGUCUGAGGCAGUGGGUGGUGCCCGUGUGGGGGAGUGUACAUGGCCGAGGGCAACCCCCGUGCCUCCCUCACAGGAAGGCUGUAUUGGUUCCUGCCCUGUCUUGGCUUGCUUUUCAAACAGGCUGUCCCAACAUCAUUUGUCAUCAAGUUCACUGUGGUGUAUUUGUGUCCAUGAUGGGUCUCCAACACUUUCAUGCUGUUCAAGCUCUUUCCAACACUGGUUCAUAAGUCAGGGUCCAUGUUAAGGUGUAAAAAGAACAAUCAUUAAUGAUAAUGUAUUGUGUGGGACCUUUGCAUCUUGUAAAUUUUCUCUUUUUUCUAAAAAUAAAUAAUAAUAAAACCUGAAAUCUCAACAAACCA